AUGCCAAUCUACCUUUUCGAUCAAUCCUCAAAAAUAGAGUUUACCGUUUCCGAUAUGGAAAUGGACUCGGAUACCGAGACCACUAAAACUACCCAGGCUGAGAAGGCUGUCAAAUAUAAGAUGUUCAUGACUAAAGUGUUCUCUAAGAUGAUGUUUGUCUCUGGAGAGACCGCAGAACCGUCUGUCGAGUCCACCACCCUGAUUGAGGACAUCACUCGGGAGCAAGUGAUCCACAUCUUGACCAAAAGCACCCAACUGGCUACCCGCCGUGGAUCGCGCGCCAUCUCCACUGACGACUUAAUCUUCCUCAUCCGCCGUGACAAGGCCAAAGUCUCGCGCCUGCGCACUUUCCUGUCGUGGAAGGAUGUUCGAAAGAACGUCAAGGAUUCCGACGACAAGGGUGGCGCCGACGCUGCCGAUUUCGCAGCUGAUGACGCAGCUGGUGGUGUUGCAGGCCCCCAGGAUAUGGCCGCUAAGCCGAAGAACAAGCGCGCCAAGGUCGGACUGGCGUGGGACGUCAGCAGUUUCUUCUCUAUUCAGAUUCCCGAGCGCGAUGACGAGGAAGACGAAGAAGAAGAAGAACAGAACUACGCGACUCUUCAGCGUCUCGCUGCGGCUGAUGAACGUACCAAGCACAUGACCAAAGAGGAAUAUGUUUUCUGGUCAGAGUGCCGCCAGGCCUCAUUCACCUACCGCAAGAGCAAACGUUUCCGCGAGUGGGCUGGAUUCGGUAUUGUUACUGAGUCGAAGCCCAAUGACGAUAUCGUCGAUAUUCUUGGUUUUUUGACCUUCGAAAUCGUCCAAACCCUCACUGAGGAGGCACUUAAGGUCAAGGAGAGCGAGGAUCACGAGAAGAAUCGUGGCAGCUCGGAGACUAGUGGUGAGACUGCGAAGCGAAAGCGCGAGACUGGCCUGUUCGAUCCUCCGGAAGAGGGCCGUACUCCGAUUGAGCCCCGACACAUCCGAGAGGCUUAUCGCAAGCUCCAGUCUACUAAGCAGAAGUCUAUUGCUAUGCUUCUGCACGAAGGCCGGGUUCCUCACAACUUCCAACUUCAGUUGAUCUAA